ACAUGUGGAUAAACUUUUUCCCUCACUUAGUGCUGUGUGUAUAGUCAUACAUACAAUUUAUGGUUAGUGACUGAUAAUGGGUUUGGAGUUUACUGUGAAAAGGGAAGUCUAGAUCAGCGCAGACGCAUCGCUGCUGUCUUGCUGAACAAGUAACAUAAUGUUCUCCCUAUGUCGAAGAUAUAAAGAUGAACAUGAACACGGCGGCACACAAGUCAAAGGGGGCUACAUGCUACGAUAUAAACGAAAAUAUCUGUGGAACUCGUGGUCAGAAGAAUGGGUGGUCCUUUACGACGACUCUACAAUGGCCUGGUUUAAGGACGCAUCGGGCAAAUGUCUCGCAACUCAAAAACAUCUCGUAAAGGAGAGUCCAGAAAUGUUGGCGAUUUCAACAUGGACAGGUCAGGUGCCGAAGCGACCAGCCUUGCCGCCUGGUGCUAAGCUAUCCCAGCUGAUGGCGCUCGGCUCCAGAAGAGACCCUGGACACGUGGUCUGGAUGUUGGCGAAAUCUGACGCCGAAAUGAGGGAAUGGGUGGCUGCGAUAUCUAAAACGUUGCCGCCUCCUCCACACAUCGAGCUGGUGAUGUCAAUGCCGUACCUCCGUACUGCCUUCAAGAAGCCAACUGUAAGAGUCAGACCGACGUCAUCAGAAAUGUACACACGGAGUACCCGAAGUGCACUGAGUGCACUCGAGGGGCGUGGUCUGGUUGCGGUGAUCAAGCGACAAGUGCCACUGGCGGGCCAGCUGGAACACGAGCUGGCAUGGGGUCAAGGUUGGGGCUGGGUGACGCUGCCCAACGGCGUGUGGAGUGGACGUCUGAUGUGGUCGCAGGAGGGCGAAGACUUUGCACUCCACGCGAUGCCCAUAAUGCAUCACACCAAUGUGUCCCAGGCGUGUUCCAUGCUGGAUGGCGUGACAGCGUACGAGGCUGCGGCGUAUGAACAGGCACUCGCGGAGUACGAUGACACCGCUACUACAUCUGAUGACUGGGACUUCGGUGUUGACUGUGGUGACUUCAUGAUGUAAAGAGAAAGUAGUAGACUUAUUUAAUGAACAGAUCGUUCUGAAGUCUACUAGCAAAUUAGAUCAAUUAAAUUAUGAAAUAACAACCAAGUUUAGACUCCCAUGACAUUUAAUGUUUGAUUUUAUUUUUAUGGUUAUACAGUGAACGGAUUUUGUUGUUAACGAUGCAGCGAUCCAGUAUUUUUUUAUUUCAGGGAAAAUUCGGUUAAAAAUUUGGAAAAUGUUACCAUUAUAAAAAAUAAGAGAUAUCAUUGUACGGUAACUUUUAACGAAUUCCCCUCUUUUCGGAUUACUAAUAAACGGCCAAUGCAUUGCUCAAAGCUAAGCAAGCGACAACACAAUAUAUACGAAUCAUACGUGCCAAAAUGAAACUCAAUAAAGGAAAAAAAUGUGUGAAACACGACAAUUCUUAUGAUAUUUAUACCAUGACAAUUUAAAGGGAUUUAAAAAGCACAUAUUUACCGUUCAGUCAAUCGUCAUAACGUCGAAUUCUAAUAGAUAAUUGCAUGCACCCUAGUCGUACUGUAAAUGAUGUGUGUAGCCAAGAGUUUAGUGGUUUAUUACGGCCUACAAAAAAUAACCAAUUCGUAAGAAUGACAAUUAUUACUUUGUAAACCUAUAGAUUAACUAUGCAACUAUUCCAUUUUAAAAAUGUCGGUUUAAAAACAAACACAAUUCAGGACAUUUUAAUAAAAUAUUGUAACCACACGCUUGACGACGGAUUUUUUAAUCUGGAUUUUAAUGAAGUAGUCUAUGGUCUUUGUCAUCUGCAAAAGCGGUGUAAUGUUGCCAUUUAAAAGGCCAUUAUAGUACAAAUGCAGUGGUAGUUUAAAACUUUUUCUCAAAAGUUGACGCAGGUGCAAAUGAAGAUUUGCCGCCUUGGGCGGUCGCCUAACCGCGCCCUAUCCUAACACCAGCCCUACUAGUAUUUUAACAAAUACACUAAGCAACAGGAACUUUUGUUCGCAGCAUGCUUGUAAUCUGCUUCGGAAAAUCGUUAAGACUCGAAAAACAUAUAUCGAAUUUAUUUUGUACUUUUAAUAAAAAUGCAUCGUCUCGCGUGGGGUUACCAUAAUAAUUUUCUUUAAUAACACAAUGUUUUUAAAUUUUUUGAAUGUUUUACUUGCCACGACACCAGGGUAAUGUAUCUUGUAUUAAUCGAAGUUAUCUGUGCACAUCUAAAUAAAUUUAACAAAAAAUAUCGCACAAACACCGGGUAUAACAAGAUUCAAUAAAACAAUACUUUUACGUUUUUUUUAAAUAAGUAGAGUAAGUAACGCUUAUCCCUUAUGACACCAAUUAUGAGGUUAUUUAAAUGUAUUUACCCCGUAAAUUGUGAAGUAUUUUAGAUGUAAGUCGAUGUUAGCAUUUAGUAAAUGUGGUCGGUAGAGAUUAAAAUACCUUAAA